UUCAGAUUCAACCGCGACAACCAUGUCCGACCUUAAGGCUACGGUCUCCGAGACCCCGAACGGCUUCCACGUCGAGGGCUACGAGAAGAUCGAGUACGACUUCACCUUCCUCGAUGGCGUCUUCGACCUAGCGAACACCCAGCUGGCCGGCCUCUACGAGCGCUGGGGUCGCUGCCUGGCCAUCAUGGACAAGAACAUCUAUGAUCUGUACGGGGAGCAGAUGCAAAAGUACUUUGCCCAUCAUGGGCUGGAGUUGAAGAUCCACCAGACAAUGAUCGGCGAGAAGGCCAAGUCGCUGGAGACGUUCACCGAAAUUGUCGACUCGAUGACCGAGUUCGGGAUCAUCCGAAAGGAGCCCGUCUUGGUUGUGGGCGGAGGACUGGUUACCGAUGUGGCCGGAUUCGCCUGCGCCGCCUACCGCCGCAACACCAACUACAUCCGUAUCCCCACGACGGUGAUCGGCCUGAUCGACGCCAGCGUCAGCAUCAAGGUGGCCGUCAACUACGGCAACUACAAGAACCGGCUGGGCGCCUACCACGCCCCGAUGCACACCUUCCUGGACUUUGGGUUCCUACGCACCCUGCCCGAGGCGCAGGUGCGCAACGGGUUCGCGGAGCUGAUUAAGAUUUCGAGCUGCGCGCACCUGCGCACGUUCGACCUGCUGGACGAGUUCUGCGAGCGGCUGAUCGCCACUAAGUUCGGGCGCUCCAAUGAGACGCCUGAGGUACGCAAGGCCGCCGACGAGAUCAACCGCAACGGCAUCUUUGAGAUGCUCAAGCUCGAGUCACCGAACCUCCACGAGAUCGGGCUGGACCGGGUGAUUGCCUACGGCCAUACCUGGUCGCCGUUGCAUGAGCUGGCACCCCCCGUGCCCCUCCGUCAUGGCCACGCCAUCUCCAUUGACAUGGCGUACUCGGCCACGCUGGCCAACAUCCGCGGCCUGCUCAGCGACGCAGAGCACCGACGGCUCCUCAACCUGUUCUCGCGGGCGGGACUCUCAAUGGACCAUGAGCUCUUCAACGAGGAGAUCCUGGACAAGGCAACGCAGGCGAUCCUCAAAACCCGCGAUGGGCUGCUGCGCGCCGCCGUGCCCAGCCCGCUGGGUAGCUGCAAGUUCCUGAACGAUGUCACCAACGAGGAGAUGUUCGCCGCGCUGCGCCGCCACAAGGAGCUGAUGAAGGAGUACCCGCGACAGGGUGCGGGACUCGAGGCUUACGUUGACGCCAGUGACACGGGUUACACGAUCAACAACAAGCCCGUGGACCCGCAGAUGCACGCGCAGAAGAUGAGCAAUGGUGGCGAGAAGUUCACGACCGGAGCGGCUCUUGCGGAGGAGAAGCAGCCCACCGCGAUCGUUGAGGAGAAGAAGAAUGUGUUCAGUGAUGGUGUGCUCAAUGGGUUCCGCGAGAUUGCGGCCAAUGGAUAUCCUAAUGGGUUGCGCAAUUAGACUAGAGAUAGAAGGAGUUUUCGG